AUCACCUCCCGACCUUGACCUCCCAUCAUUUCCAGUCCGACCAAACCCGAUAACGACCACAAACAUUUCUUCGGAAUUGUGUCACGUUCCACAUUAUGUGAUUAGAUCACAAAGAGUGCACAAUUGCGUCAAGUGUUUAAUAGCGUAAUGGCGGUAACAAACGCGUCUUUGCCAACUUCGUACGAGUACUACACCGGGGGUGGCAUCACCUCUGGACUAUCAGCGAACCAGUCGUACUUCACCCUCAACAACCAAAACAUCACUCUGUAUAGCGGCGCCAUGCACUACUUCCGCGUCCCGCCGCCCUACUGGAGAGACCGAUUGCGAAAAAUGAGGGCCGCUGGUCUCAACACCGUCGAGACGUACGUACCCUGGAACCUCCACGAACCCGCUAACGGGUACUUCGACUUCGGGAGCGCCGGGACGGACAUGCAGGAGUUCCUGGACGUGCGAAAGUUUCUAAAAACGGCGCAGGAGGAAGACUUGUUCGUGAUUAUGCGGCCCGGGCCUUAUAUCUGCUCCGAGUGGGAAUUCGGGGGGUUUCCGAGCUGGCUACUGCGACAAAAAGACAUCAAAGUGCGUACUUCUGACCCCGUGUAUAUGAAAUUCGUAACGAGGUACUUCAACCUGUUGUUGUCUUUGCUAGCGAUAUUCCAGUUUACGCGAGGUGGCCCGAUCAUAGCGUUCCAGGUUGAAAACGAGUACGGUAGUACCGAGAAACCGGGGUUCGUGCCAGACAAAGUUUAUUUGAAGCAGCUGCGUCAAUUGAUGCUUAAUAACGGCAUAGUGGAACUCCUGGUCACUUCUGACAGUCCUACGAUGCACGGAACUGCAGGUACUUUACCUGAGUACUUCCUCCAAACUGCGAAUUUCGCGUCAGAGCCCGAAGACGAAUUCAACAAGUUGAAGGAGCUUCAAACUAACAAACCCACGAUGGCGAUGGAGUUUUGGACCGGGUGGUUUGACCACUGGUCGGAAGAGCACCACACGCGGAACGACGACGACUUCUACGACGUUUUAAACAGGAUUUUGAAGUACCCGGGGUCUGUGAACAUGUACAUGUUCGUGGGUGGUACGAACUGGGGGUUUCUGAACGGUGCGAACUUGAAUAACGAAGAAACCGACAAUUCGGGGUACCAACCGGAUACCACGAGCUACGACUACGACGCACCGUUGACGGAAAAUGGUGACUACACUAUGAAGUACUUGAUGGUGAAAGAACUGAUAACGAAAUAUAAUAAAGUGCGGACUCGAAUACCACAAACUCCUAGUAUAACUCCGAGGCGCAAGUACCCGGCAGUAGUGGUACAAGGGCAGCUACUUUUGAACGACUUACUCCGCACGGUACCAGUGACUUUCCAAAGCCCCAGUGUCCUGUCUAUGGAAACUCUACCAAUGAACAAUCUUUCUGGGCAAAGCUACGGCUAUAUAGUCUAUCGUAUGACCAACUUAGACAUCCCAGCGAACUCCAUCUUGAAAAUCAGCGGCCAUGUUUGCGACAGCGUGGUCGUACUAGUCGACGGUUUCCUCCUGAAUAAGCCUUUAACCAGAUCUAGCGACCUCGACGGUUUUGGGUACUGGCGCCUCAAAGACUCCACUAUAACCAUAAACUCCCAGAAUUUAACCGGGGCCACUCUAGACCUGAUGGUGGAGAACUGGGGCCGAAACAACUUCGGCUAUCUAGAGCAAUUCAACCAGUUCAAAGGACUAUGGCAAGGAGGAGUGUUUUUGAACGACGUGGAGUUGCAAAAUUGGCACAUUUUUCCCUUGGAAUUUAAGAAGUCUUGGACCCAGUCGCUAAAGGGGUGGCGCCCGCCCGUGAGAAGAUGGGCGCCAGGACCGGCUUUAUACAAGGCCGUGUUAGAUGUGGACGUAACGGAAGACACUUUCGUCGACAUGGAAAAGUGGGUCAAGGGAAUUGUGGUUGUUAAUGGGUUCGUUCUAGGGCGGUACGCCAGAAUAGGACCUCAACAAACCCUGUAUUUGCCGGGGGUGUUUCUGAAGAAAGGGAACAACACUAUCUUGGUAUUCGAUCAUUUCGUGACACGAGCCGAAGUGAAAUUCUCCGAAGGCCCUAAAUAUAGAACGAAGUACCGUGGAUCGAACUAAGUACCUUAACAAACAAAUAAAUGAUAUCUACCACGAAAAAA